CCAACAGCUACGAUAGAGAAUCAGCAAGACUGUCCAAACAAGGCCCUUUCAUAUUUAACAACAGACUUCUGCACCAUCCUCCCAGCUUUCUUCGCCCAUUUCCCGUCUUUGAGGGUGAUUUCAAGACCCAUUCCUAAGAAAAUCCCAAUUUUUGUGGCAAUGUCUGCAGAUACCCUCAGCAGCGAAGAACUUCGACGUGCUGUGAGCAUCCUUACGCAGUCUCUCCAACAUAAUCACGUAACAUUUGGUAUCAUCGGGGGCGCUGGCUGCUCCCUGAUCUUCCUCCGGCACCACCGGCCGUAUCGCGGCACCAAAGAUAUCGAUGUGAUUAUUCAAGCUGAUCCAGCUAGACAGAUUGACGCUGAUCGUAUUUCGCAAAUACUCUACACGAACCAUUCUCAGGAUUUUGUCAAGAAAGAUGCCGGGUAUGGCGUAUUCGUGCCAGCCGUACGUAUCACUGGAAACAACGGUCUCGAAAAGCUUGUAGAAGUCGAGAUAUUCGAUUUCCAGAGUUGGCCCAAUCGCCCCCAAUACGACCUUUCUAGGCCAGACAAUGACCGCAUCAAUUUGAAUGUGGGGCAAGCGACGGUUGCAGUCCUCAGUCCUCGUUGGCUUUUGAGAGAAAAGAUCCUCUCCCAGCACCAGCGAGGUGGGAGCCUGAAGGAACAGUCCGACCUCAGCGAUAUCAGGGUCCUACUGGGAUUGGUUCAAGCGAAGUGCUUGACUUUUAGUGGCCAAGAACAGACCGCAGCCUUGAAGGCCUUGCUGAACAAACUGCCGGAACUGAGGGAAGCACUGGAGGCUGCCAUUGAAUGCACUGAAGUGUUCAAUCCUUGGCAAUGGUCUGAGGAGCAUAGGAGAUAUUACCGUUAUAAUCAGAACGGCACGGUUGAAUGGGCGACAUCCUGAGGAGCGCUGUUGAUUGCUACAUGAGUGCUUUAGUGCUUGGAAAGUUACUUUGUCUUUGUUGUUUUUGCUGUUUAUUAUCUGUCUAGUUGGUUAUUCGCGUUUUUGGUUACUCUUUUUCCUGCAUGUUACUUAUAUAGUCU